AUGGCUUUUUCGGCUUCUUUCGCUGUCGUUCACGCGGUUACGGUGCAAGCAAGAUUUGAAUGCCGGAAGCUGGUCCUGGUCGGAGACCCAAAACAACUGAGCCCCACUAUUCAAGGUUCAGAGCCUGACCACGAAGCUGGACUUGAACAAACUUUGUUUGAUCGUCUCAUGAAGAUGGGUUAUGAGCCUACUAUGCUUAGAACACAGUACCGUUGUCACCCCGCCAUUAGUGCUAUAUCAAACAGAUUGUUUUACGAAAACAAGCUUCUUGAUGGAGUAACAGCAGAAGAUCGUACCCAAAUUCUUCCAUGUGGUGUUUCCACCUAUGGUUUGUUUAUCAUUGUUUUAUUGAUUUCGACUCUUUUUGUUGUGCAGGCUAAAUUUGUUGUGUUUCUUAUCGAAUGCUUGCUGGAAUCUGGCGUGGACCCAGCACAAAUUGGGGUGAUAACGUUGUACAAGUCCCAGCUGCAGACGAUUUCUACCAAUUUAACAGCUUCCAGGGCCACCUCUCACGCCGAACUCAAAGCCAUUCAGAUUUCAACCGUGGACGCAUUCCAGGGAGGUGAAAAGGAUCUCAUCAUUUUAUCGUGCGUGCGCACGGAUCACAUUGGAUUUAUUGACUGUGACAGGCGCACUAAUGUUGCUUUAACGAGAGCUAAAAGGUUUGUAUUGUUAUCUUUUAGUUUAAGUUCUUGCUUGGUUGUUUCUUUAACUGUCAGAGUAAAUAUAAUCAACUUGGACCUAUUUUGUUGUUCUGUUUGUUAUCACUGGUGUUUGCUGUUUGCUAUGAUUUCAACCGUGGACGCAUUCCAGGGAGGUGAAAAGGAUCUCAUCAUUUUAUCGUGCGUGCGCACGGAUCACAUUGGAUUUAUUGACUGUGACAGGCGCACUAAUGUUGCUUUAACGAGAGCUAAAAGGCAUCUCCUUAUUGUGGGUAAUCUGAAGAUGCUUUCUUGCAACACCGUUUGGGGGAAGGUUAUCGAGCACUGUCAAAGUAAGAUGUUUUCUUUACUUGUGAAAACUAGCAUCCGUUUACAAGAACGAGAAAUGGCCAUUAAUGUCAAAGAUAAGUUACUAACUGCUGUUUAUAACUGUCCAAAGCGUCAUUUUUCUCACCGAUUUUGUUAUAUUCCUCACUCCAAAGGCUUUCCUGACGGACUUUGUCACUCACAAGACUUUAUGAAGAAAUGGACACAAGAAAACAAUGAUAUAAAUGAGGGUCCUGACAGCAAAGCGUUUUACCUUAAUCCAGACACAGCAGCGUGCCCCAGCCAAAAAGCUAAUGGCAAAGAACAAACCCUGGCGCCAUCUAUUCCAAAGUAUCCGUGCGGUCCUUCCAUGAAUGAAAUAACGGCAAAUGGUGAAAGACGAUGCACCAAAGACGACAGUCAGGUGUCAGCUCCUCGUGGCACGACUCAACCUCUCUCUUUUCAUCUACCCUGUACAGAUAUUUUGGACUUGGAUAGCACCCUGCAAGAUGAUACUGAUGACGAAUUGCCUACUUUUGACGUGUUUUCCUCUUUGGGAAUUGAACCGGUUUAGUGGAAAGAUUCAGUUAAUAAGCAAGUGUUGCGCAGAGGUUUUCAAAAAGUUGACAAGUGCAUUUUUUGUAAACCUAUACUGAAACGACGACACGAGGUCGAAGAAAUAGUUCAAGAAGUGGAAUAAAGUUCACCGAUUACAGAAAAUUAGCUUUAAGAAAAAAAGAAAAGAAAAGAGAAGAAAAGGUGCCUUCACAUGCGUUUUCGUGGAUAGAUGGGGGUACUGGAGCGGAGAGGAAAACUACAUAAAAAUAGAGGCGUCGAUACCGCCUCGUGUGCAGCUUAGUGUGAAUGGGGCUUAAUUUUACCCAUUGACAUGUCUAUUAGUGUUUUACACAGAUUGUAUAUUUGAUGAUAUUUUGAUACACAUUUAUACAGAUGUUACAAUAGAUCUUUGAAAGGUUAGUGCGUUGUGCUGUUAUCAUUUGUGUACUUUACACGGACUUCAUACUACCCCUGACUUAAAACUGAUUUUCUUGCAAUUCAAAUAAAUUGGUUGGUCCAGGUAACUUCGUUAAUUGAUACAACUAACAUGAUCCCACGAAAAACAAGUAUCGAGUCCUUCUUUAAAAUGACAAGCAGAAGUCUCCGCACUGAUAAGAGGUAUACAAGUGAAUAUAUGAAUGAUCAUAUAUUUGAACGUUAAGGCCGUUAAGGCCUGAUUUUCUUUUCUUUUCUUUUUGUUUUUUUUUUUUUGGCUUUAAUUUCAUAACGGCUUAAGAUGAAUAUAACUGCGAUGAUCAACAAUGUCUUCAUAUCUUUCUCUGCUGUUCAGAUAUUUUAUCUUUUAUAUAUGCACUUGAAUUCUUCACCAUCUACAGGUAUAUUACGAACAGCUCCCAGCUGGUUUGAAAGCUAAGUUGGUAGAGCACUGCACCGUUUCUCAGAGGUCAUGGAUUCGAAUCCUGUUCAGGCCUGAUUUUUUUUUUUUUUUAGCCUUUAAUUUCACAACUGCUUAAGUUGUGAUAAGAGGUAUGUUUUCUCCCUCUCUAAGCAAGAAAAUCCUUUUUUGUAAUUCCAAAACUUGUUAACAAAAGGAAAGGUCAUUUGGUAGGGAGUUUGGAGUCCCACAGAGCAUUGUCAAAGCCAGUGAAAAUGGAACAGAGUUCAAGUUGAAUAUCUGCACUAGCACAAAAGAGUGUUUAUUACGCCAGUUCUUUGUGUCCUCGUAAUUUUCACAAACGUCCUGCACUGUCGUAUUGUUUAUUCUCUUCAUCUUUGUGCUUUGGGAAUUUGUUCAUGAUAAAACUUACAAUUUUCAUCUUAAAGCGGGACUUGAUUAUGAAAUUUGCUAGUUUGAUGUCAACAUGCAUAAGGGAUAUUGAUAGCGUCAGUCGAGCAAAGGGUUCACUUGGGAAAGAGUUUGUACCUCUUAAGUUUAUUUCGCGCAUUCCAAAAACCUCUGUAACUCGAUAAAUAGCACACGAAACAUGAACCAAUUCUCCGCCUCAUCUCGCUUACACGAAGAACGUUUUUUCGUCACCCAGCCAAAGGCUAACGGAGCUACUUAUUCCGCACUGCCAAGGGACUGAUUCCUUUACUAAGCGAGUGCUUGCUUGUCAUUUCGUUUGUCAUGAUACUGGUGCGAUAAGUCGUAUAAUUUUUCGCGGCAGCGGAAGAGAGAGGUAAAAAAAUACGCGGAUCUAUUCUCCCGCCAAAGGAACACGCGUGGUCGUUGUCACCCUAUUGCCCCAGGUUGAUCAUGUUCUUGCGAAAAUAGCACGUGUACGUUAGGUUGGGACCGUGUUUACCUCGUAUCCCACGGGGCCUAGAAAGAGCAACAAGAUGGCGUCCGAAAUCUUAGGACUUAGGAACUUCAUUGCAGAAAUCACAUAAACAGCUAUAACGCUUCAGCAGGGGAAGCUUACUGGAAGGUUCCUGACGGCGGAACAAAUGUUGACAUGGCCGUUAUGAAUUCAAACGAGGCUGUUAGACAAUCUUGUUCCCAGACGCCACGCGGAUUCUUUUGGCUAGCACCAAGAAAUAGAGACCUCUGGGAGAAAUCGGAAGGUGAGCCAGCAUUAGUUACAGCGGUUACUUUCUCUGCGGUUGUUCAGACGUACAGGGCUGUUGAACUUGAACGCAAGCAUGAGACGGAUAAGUGAUGGAGUAACCGAUACACGGCAAUGACAUUUUAUUUUACCAAUGAUAGGCAGCGUUGUACAAUAUCGUAGCUUCAACAAAAAAAACUAUAUCCCUCAUAUAAUAAAGGAUUUUUCCUAUCUUUUUUUUUUUUAUCUUUUUUUUUUUUCGGCUUUAAAUCCCAUUUGUUUUCUGAGAUAUCUAUGACAAUUCCUCUUCAAAGUUUGGGACAUAUCAAAACUUGUCCGCAAGUAAGAUUCCCAGGUAUUGCCGCUCAAGUAGGUUUCACAAUGUUCAUUUAAAAUGAAGCACUAAACGCAGCGCCCACGUACAUCGUAACCGACUGUGUUGUACUACCUAACGAAAACAGUUGUUUCAGCUAGUUAU